ACUUAUUACAAUGUUAUUAGUAAGAAAUAACAAUAAUCUUUGUUGUCUUUAAAACCAUAAGGAAUGUCAUAACUAACUAGAGCCAACAAACACAACUAUAUUUUUAGAAGUUCAACAAAUUAAAAGAACAUAUAUAUACAAGCAUGUUUUCAAAUUUGUAGAAGGCAACAUAUCUGGAGAAGAAAAAUAAACAAAUCAACUAAGACAAUGAAGCUUCAGUUGUUAUGGCUUGCUUUGGUAUUCAUUGCCGUUGAAACUAAUGCAGCGAAGCAAGGAAAGAAUGCGACAAUCCCUGCACUAAUAGUUUUUGGAGAUUCAAUUAUGGAUACUGGUAAUAACAAUAGACUCCCAACUCUUUUGAAGUGCAAUUUUCCUCCCUAUGGCAAGGAUUUUCCGGGCGGCUUGGCCACGGGAAGAUUUUCUGAUGGAAGAGUUCCCUCUGAUCUCAUUGCGGAAAAGUUGGGAAUAGCCAAGUCACUACCAGCAUUUAUGAACCCGAAUUUGAAGCCCCAAGAUCUUCUCAAGGGUGUAACAUUUGCAUCUGGAGGAACUGGUUACGAUCCAUUAACGGCUAAGAUUAUGUCCGUGAUAUCAGUCUGGGAUCAAUUAACAUAUUUCAAGCGAUACAUAUCAACGAUCAAAAAACAUUUUGGAGAGAAAAAAGCUCAAGAUAUCUUGGACCAUAGUUUUUUUGUUGUGUGUUCCAGUAGCAACGACCUUGCUCACACUUUCAUGGCUCAAUCUCAUAAAUAUGACCGCACCUCAUAUCCCAAUUUCUUGGCUGACUCAGCAGUCAAAUUCGUAAGAGAAUUACAUAAGCUUGGAGCUAAGAAAAUCGGAGUGUUUAGCGCAGUGCCGGUUGGAUGUGUACCACUUCAAAGAACAGUGUUUGGAGGAAUGUUUACAAGAGGAUGUGUUAAACCCUUAAACGACAUGGCAAAACAAUUCAACGCAAGGCUUUCACCAGCACUAGAAUCUUUAGAUAAAGAGUUGGACGGUGUUAUCCUCUACAUUAAUGUUUAUGAUACUCUUUUCAACAUGAUCCAACAUCCUUCAAAAUACGGUAAGCUCAUCUUAUAAAUUUUCCAUUUGUAUCAUUAAACCUGAACCAAACUACUGAAGUCUAAGUGAAUUUAUCUCAUCAUGUUUCAGGUUUUGAGGUAGCUGAUAGAGGAUGUUGUGGUAGAGGCUCUCUCGCAAUAUCUU